AUGCCUCCAACAUCAGACACAGAGGAAGCACCCAUGUUACCUCUCCCCGGCGCUCCAUCUAGCUCAUGGGCUCGAUUCCGUGAGCGCUUCAAAGCCAUCUUCAGUGGCGCAGACCCGCGCGUUUGCAUCACUUUCUGGCUGUUUGGUCUGAUAAACAAUGUCCUCUAUGUGAUCAUCUUAUCCGCCGCACUGGACCUAGUCGGCCCCGGCGUUCCCAAAGGCGUUGUCCUACUCGCAGAUGUCAUCCCCUCGUUCGGAACGAAGCUUAUCGCUCCAUACUUCAUCCAUGUGGUUCCAUACUCGACGCGAAUCAUGAUAUUUGUUGGUCUUUCCGCGAUAGGCAUGCUGCUUGUUGCGCUGACGCCGGAUUAUACCGAUGGCGGAUCAAUCUCAACCAAGCUAGCGGGUAUCGUUUUGGCUAGUUUGUCUAGCGGAGGUGGGGAACUGAGUUUUCUCGGCUUGACGCAUUUCUAUGGACACUUUAGUUUGGCUUCCUGGGGUAGUGGGACUGGUGCUGCUGGGUUGGUGGGGGCUGGGACUUAUGCGCUUGCGACGACAUCGUUGGGGUUGAGUGUGAAAUCUACGCUUUUAGCGUCGGCUUGUUUGCCGGCUGUUAUGUUGGUGAGCUUUUUUAUGAUUUUGCCACAGGGUCCGUUGCGUAUUGCACCUUUGCGAGCCGGUUAUCAGGCAGUUGGCGAAGGGGAUGGGGUCGAUGAGGAGCGUAUUGGUGAUGACGAUCGGAAUGCAAUCCUGAACGAGCGCGAAGGACUUCUCGGUUCGUCGAUACAUUCAGCGGAUAGUGGAAAAUUGGGAUGGCAGAACAUCAAGGCCAAUCUGCAACGUGUGAAGGGGCUCUUCUUUCCAUUUAUGCUUCCGCUUCUAUUGGUCUACGUUGCCGAAUAUACUAUCAACCAAGGUGUCUCGCCAACGCUACUAUUUCCGCUCAAAGAGUCUCCAUUCUCGCGCUUCCGUGCCUUCUAUCCGGCAUAUAACGCUAUCUACCAAGUUGGCGUUUUUAUUUCCCGCUCAUCAACACCGUUUUUCCGAAUUCACAAUCUGUACUUCCCGUCUAUCCUCCAGGUCGUCAACUUGGUGCUGCUGACUCUCCACGCAUUGUUUGACUUCAUUCCCAGCGUGUACCUUGUCUUCAUGAUCAUUUUCUGGGAGGGCCUUCUUGGUGGUCUAGUAUACGUCAAUACUUUUGCAGAAAUUGGUGAUCGGGUUCCACCGGAGGAUCGCGAGUUUUCCCUUGGAGCAACUACUGUCAGUGACUCAGGUGGUAUUUGUAUUGCCGGGUUUAUUGGUAUGGCAUUCGAGGUGUGGCUUUGUGAUUGGCAGGUCGCGCAUGGGAGGGAUUACUGUCAAAGGACGUAG